AUGACGACUUCCAUCAAUUCUAAUGUUUUUGCACCAACCUCCGGUUAUGACAUGAAAGGAUUACAUGUGAUAGAAUUCAUCACUAAUGACCAACCUUACCCCAUCGAAAAGUUAAUGGCAAAAUUGGAAGAAUUUCAAUCGGUUUUCCAAGAUGAGAUUGAAGACUUCAGGUUUGUUUUGCAUGCUAUCAACAACACUCUACUCUCCUCGGCUGCGGUCUCUUAUCUAUUUUCCUCAUUUAGUGUCGGAUCAUCCAAAUGGCACUCGUCUCCUCCUGAGAAAGAUGAAGAUGACGACAUCGAAGUCGAAGCGCUCGUGAAAAAGAAUGCCAUGAUCAAAUCUGCCAUUGAGAAAAUAAGGAAAGCCACCGAAGAGCAAGAAAAACAAUUACGAGAUAAAGAAGAAGAAUUGCAAGAACUCUACGAGACCAUUGCAGAACUGGAAGAAUUAGAUGAAGAAUUGGAUGAGGAAAUUUAUCAUGAUCAGCCUCAACCUCUUGUCAAAUUUCGUAGAGCAAAGUAG